AUGACUCUGAAUUUCUAUCAAACCCUUCUUGGCACUCCCAUAAUUGGUGUUACGCCUUAUACGGUGGAGGAAAUCCGUGAUAUUCAUCCUUUCAGAUGUGCUCCUGACCUAUACAGUCUAUUCUCAGCUAUCCCCACAUAUUCUGAAAUGAAAGCAGCAGUAUUUUCAUUGCCUCGCAACAAAGCUUCGGGUCCGGGCGGUUUUUCUGUGGAAUUCUUUAUUUCUUCUUGGGAACUAGUGGGACAUGAUCUCACCAUGGUUGUGCACCAUUUCUUCACUACCUCUUCUAUGCUGAGACAAGUUAACACAACGGUAAUCACCUUGAUCCCGAAAUUCCCAGGUGCAACUUCCCUCACGGAUUUCAGACCAAUUUCUCUUUGUAACACAUUUUAUAAAUUUAUUUCGAGACUUCUCUCUGCCAGGCUGAAACAUUUAGCCCAUUUGGCAGUUCAGAAUAACCAGGUGGGAUUUGUUAAAGGCAGACUUCUUUGUGAAAAUGUGCUUCUCGCUUUUGAACUGGUGAAAGACUUUGACAAACCAGGUCCCACUCGAAGAGGCUGUCUGAAAAUAGACAUCUCAAAGGCUUUUGACAAUCUUGAUUGGGCCUUCGUCCUUAACAUUCUACAUGCCUUCGGAUUGCUUCUGGUUCUUAUUUCUUGGACAGUUCCUGCAUCUCAACUCCGCAUUAUUCAGUCUGCUUCAAUGGAGAGCUUGUGGGAUUUUCCCUGUUAUCUCGGUCUUCCUCUAUUGCCCCAUAAACCUCAGACUUUAGACUAUCAGCCUUUAAUUGAUAAGGUCUUAGCAAGGAUCUCGGGCUGGACUGUGCGACAUCUUUCCUUCGCAGGAAGACUACAGCUCAUCCAAUCUAUAAUUUAUGGUAUUAUCAAUUUCUGGGGAUCAGUUUUCCCUCUCCCAAAAGGAUGUCAUGAUAAGCUUGAACAAAUCUGCACCGCUUUCUUGUGGAAUGGAGAUACUUCGCAUGCCCGUGGAGCUAAAGUUUCUUGGGCUACGAUCUGCACACCAAAACCAGCUGGGGGCUUAGGCCUGAGGAGACUUGCUGGCGUCAUCAAUGUGUUUGGUCUAAAGCUCAUCUGUUGGAUAUGGCGCCAAAUGUUAAAGUUGCGUGUUAUUGUUCGUCACUGUGUUCUCUGUCAUGUUGAAUCAGGACACGAUGCUUAUUUUUGGAUUGAUAACUGGACAGGAACUGGUCCUCUUAUCGAUUUGGCUGGUGAGAUAGGUCCAAUGGUUACUGGAAUUCCAUUAAGCUCUUCAGUGGCUCAAGCUUCUUCGAAUGGAACCUGGACUCUCCCUAGAAGUCGUCAUCAUGUUGUCUGCCUACUAUGUGCAGCUCUCACUCAGGAACCGCCAUCUCCUGCAAAUACUCAGCAAGAUGUUUUUCUCUGGGAAAAUGAGCUUAAUGGCACUCCUGGCCUCUUCUCAGAUUCUAAAACAUGGGCUUCUCUACACCCUUCUCCACCACCGGCCCCUUGGCACAAAAUUGUCUGGUUCAAAGAGAUAAUACCAAAGCAAGCUUUCAUUGUUUGGGUGCUUAUGUGGGAUCGGCUAUCCACGCGUGACAAACUCCUGAAUUGGGGUAUCUUGGUUUUCCCAGAUUGCGUUCUCUGUGGUUCUAUGCAUGAAACAAGCUCGCACUUAUUUUUCGAAUGUUCCUACAAAGCUGAGGUCUGGCUCUCCUUCUUUACCCAUCCAUAUCCCCCCCAUAUCAUACACAGCAGCAUUACUUUGGCUUUGGAAUUGCUCCUCUAA